AUGUCGACAGCCACGAAAAACAACAUCUUUGGCUACCCCGGCUCCGCCGAGCUCGGGGAGAAGGUCGACGGCCAAACGCGUGUCCGGCGCCUCGCGCUGACGAAGGACAAGCUCGUCACCCAGCCUCUCGACGGCAUCGAGACCGUGCCCGACAUACUCGACUAUGCUGCGCGCACGCACGGCACGAAGGACUCGUUCGGCUGGCGCGACAUCGUCGCCGUCCACGAGGAGAAGAAGGAUGUGAAGAAGGUCGUCGGCGGCAAGGAGGUCACAGAGACCAAGACGUGGAAGUACUUCGAGCUGAGCGACUACAAGUACCUCAGUUUCGUCCAGGUCAAGGAGGCCGCGUUGGAGGUCGCUGGAGGGCUGCUCAAGCUGGACGUGAAGAAGACGGACGUCUUCAACAUCUACGCCGCUACUGGCCCAAACUGGCAACUCAUUUCAUUUGGCAAUCAAUUCAUUGGUACCGCCAUUGCCACCGCAUACGACACCCUCGGCGAGUCUGGCCUGCAGCACUCGUUGAACGAGCCGGAGUGCAUCGGCAUCUUCACGAAUGCCGAACUUCUCCCGGUCGUGGCGAACGUAGCCGGGGACGUCCCCUCCCUCCGGCUUGUGAUCUACGACGGCGAGCCGAAGCAAGAGCUCCUCGACAGGAUCAAGGCCGCGCGCGAGAACAUGCUGGUGCUGUCUAUUGACGAAGUGCGGAAGCUCGGCAAGGGCACCACGCCGGAGCAGCUCAAGGAGCGGCGCCCGAUCUCGAGCGACACGUCGUGCAUCAUGUACACGAGCGGAACGACGGGCCCGCCGAAGGGCGUCGUCAUCUCGCACAGCAACCUGGUGGCGUCGGUCGGGGCGGUGCGCCAGCUGCUCGGCCACCACCUGCGGUCGGAGGACAGGUACAUCGCGUACCUGCCGCUGUCGCAUAUCCUCGAGUUCGUCGUCGAGCUGGGCCUGUUCUUCGUGGGGAUGACGUUUGGGUACGGGCGCGUGAAAACGCUCACGGACGCGUCGGUGCGCAACUGCCUGGGCGACAUCCGCGCGUUCAGGCCGUCGAUCAUGACGGGCGUGCCCGCGGUAUGGGAGAUGAUCCGCAAGGGCAUCGUGGCAAAGAUCAACACGGGCGGGACGUUGCGCAAGAGCGUGUUCAACGGCGCGUACUCCGUCAAGAAGGCGGGCGUCCCCGGGCUCAGCCAGCUCGCCGACUCUGCUGUGUUCAGCCAGGUCAAGGCUGCGACCGGCGGCAACCUCCGCCUCGCCCUUUCUGGCGGCGCCGCGCUCAGUGCCGAGACACAGGAGUUCUUGUCGGUUGCUGUCGUGACGGUCCUCCAGGGCUACGGUAUGACCGAGUCGUGCGGCAUGUGCGCUGUCAUGCCGCCUGAGUUCAUGCGAUACAACGCCGUCGGUCUCCCCAUGCCUUCGAUUGAGAUCAAGCUGCUCGACGUGCCCGAGGCGGGCUAUAAGUCGACGGACAACCCACCGCGGGGCGAGGUCUGCAUCCGCGGACCGUCGGUCACCAAGGGCUACUACAAGCGCGAUGACCUGAACAACGACGAGACCAUCUUCACCAAGGAUGGCUGGCUUCGUACGGGGGACGUGGGUCAAUGGAACCCGGACGGCACGCUCAGCCUCGUCGACCGAAUCAAGAACCUUGUUAAGCUCCAGGGCGGGGAGUACAUCGCGCUCGAGCGCCUGGAGUCGAUCUACAAGUCGUGCAACCUCGUCUCGAACAUCUGCGUGCACGCGAACUCGAACGCGAAGCAGCCGAUGGCGAUCAUCAUUCCGAACCACGUGCACCUACGCCAGGUGCUCGCGAGCAAGACGGAUGUCGACCCGGAGAAGCCGCUGCCCGACCUCUGCCACGACCGCGCGGUCGCGGACCUGUUCCUCAAGGAGCUCAACGCGCAGGGUAAGAAGAACGGCUUCAAGCCGAUGGAGCUUCUCCAGGCCGUCGUGCUCACGCCCGAGGAGUGGACGCCGGAGAGCGGCCUGGUGACGGCGGCGCAGAAGGUACAGCGGAAGAAGGUCGCGGACGCUUUCGAGAAGGAGAUCAAGGAGGUGUACAAGUUUGACUAG